AUGUCUUCACAACAUCAACAACCACCCCAUCUUCUCAAACAACACACCACCAACGACGUCUCCAAAGAUGCCGCCACCUUCUCUCAAUGGAUCAAUUCCCGAUUGAAAGAAAAUCCUCAAACCAAAGAUCUCUCCGUUUCUGAUCUUUUCGAAGAUGUGAAAAGUGGUGUCAUUUUGUGCAAUCUCUACAAAAUUCUUUCACAAGAUUCUUCAUUCACCUACAAUCCGACACCAAAAACCGAUUUUCACAUGAUGGAUAAUUUACAAAAAGUCAUCAAUCAAAUGAAUGAUUAUUUAGAAAAACAAAAUGCAAAUUGUAUUAAAUAUUCUGCAGAGACUGUGUUUCAUAAAUCGGAAACACACGUGUUGGGAUUACUUUGGCAAUUUAUUUUGAGAUUUGAUAUUAAAGAAAUUUCUGAAGAUGGAAGAAGUGGUGAAGAUGCUCUUCUCUAUUGGUGUCAAAAACAAACUAAAAAUUAUUCUCCAUUGGUGAAUAUUGUGGAUUUUGGAAAGUCAUUUCAGGACGGUCUUGCAUUUUGUGCUCUCAUUCAUUCCUAUAAUCCACAAUUGAUUGAUUUCAAAGCUCAAACUGAAUUGAAAGAUCCAAAACAAUCAUUGGAAACGAGUUUUGAAAUUGCUGAAAAAUGUUUAAACAUUCCAAAAUUGUUAAAUGCCAAUGAUUUAUUGAACGGAUUGGCAAUUGAUGAGAGAAUUGUCAUGACCUAUGUUUCUAAUUUUUGGAAAGUCAUGUCUCCAACAGCAGCUCGAAAAAACACCAUGUUGGAUGAGUCUGCCUUGACCACGAACACCUCUCUCAAAUCUCCAAGAACAUUCAUUUCCAAGAAAAAACAAUCACAUUCCGUCGCUCCAAACUUUUCCUUCCAUUCCUUUAUUGAAGUUGGUUUAGGCGUCAGUGAUGUCCGCAUCGAUUACAAAAAUCAACUCAUUCUCGUCACAGAUUAUGAACAUAAUCGAAUUACCAUUUAUGAUUUGGAAAGUAAGGAAUUUAAGGCGUUUUUUGAAACACCAAGCACUCCUCGUUAUAUUGCCGUGUGUUAUGAUCUAGCCAAUGUUGUAGAUUCUGGAAUGAUGGAACAAGUCUCUUCUCCUAGAAGUGCAAGUAACUCCUGUAGUGGAAAAACAUUUGUGGUCAUUUCACUCAGUGAUGACACCGUUCGUAAAUAUCAAUUGAAUAUUGAGAAUAUUAAAAAGAAGAAUAGAAAGAGUGACGAUGAAAUUGCAACAUGUGUUUGGACUUGUGGAACUAAGGGUAGAGCUGUGAAUCAAUUUGAUAUUCCUCUAGGAGUUGCUGUGAAUCAUGGAUUGAUCUAUGUGUGUGAUUUUGAAAAUAAUAGAAUUCAAGUUCUAGAUGCUGCGAAUGGAGUGUUCAAAGCGCAGUUGGGAAGAUAUGGUCAGAAUAAGGGUCAAUUUUAUGGUCCACACGAUAUCGAUGUCGAUUCGAAUGGGAAUUUAGUCGUUGCUGAAUGUUGGAAUAAUCGAAUUCAGGUCGUGUCGAGAAAUGAUGGAUCACAUGUUACAUUUGUGAAUGGGAAUCAUGAAGUGUUUCAUCCAAGAGGUGUCACCGUUGAUAGAACGUCUGGAAAUGUCAUUGUUAGCGAAUAUAGUACUCACAAAAUCAAGACCUUCAGCUCGGAUGGAAAAUUGUUGAGCACUUUCGAAGGAGAUCAACAAAAUUUCCCAUAUGGCAUGUGUGUGAAUGAGUGGGCUGGUGAAUUAUUGGUCGCUGACUAUGGACAUGGUAGAAUCCAAAUUUACAAGUAA